AAGCAAAAGAAACUUUAGAUAGUAAUAAAAAUCUAAGAAUAAAAAAAUACAAAAAUAAUACCAUAAAAUUUAAAUCCCGAAUUAACCUCAUAAGACUUUGGCAUCAUUGAGCCACAAAUGUCUUGUCAACAUUUCUUUGACAUUCUUGAAACUUUCCACUUUUAUCGCUUCAGUAGAAUAAUUCUUGAAAAAGAACUUUUAAUCCUCAUCCUUAUGUAUAUAAGGUCACUAUUUUCUACUAAACACUUAGUUAAAACGGUAUCCAACCCACAUCUCCAACACAUUUCUGGCUUACACCCAAAAUCCUUCACACACUACUCUUGCAAGUUCAUCAACAACUGGUUUGCACCUCAAUCUGUAAUCCUCAAAAUCUUCCCUUUCUUAAAUGGCUACCUUAAUCCAAUUCAAUCCCAUCUCUUUCCCCGAACCUUCUGGUAAUUCUCGAAAAAGAAAACGAUACUCUAAUAUUAAAUGGCGACUUAUGGUGGAAGCAGUACUAAUAUCGGGGGCAGUGCUACUGCCCCCAAUAAUUAUUCAGGACGUCAUCCUGUUUACCGAGGAAUAAGGCGAAGGAAGAGUAGCGGAAAAUGGGUGUCAGAAAUUCGCGAACCACGAUCACCUAACAGAAUCUGGCUCGGCACGUUUCCUACAGCAGAAAUGGCAGCAGUAGCUUAUGACGUGGCAGCAAUCGCGCUUAAAGGUCGUGAUACUGACCUUAAUUUCCCGAAUUCAGCUGCCUCUUUACCUGUUCCUGCCACGAGCUCGCCUCGUGAUAUUCAGGCAGCUGCAGCCAGUGCGGCUGCAGCUGUAGGGGCAGCUGGAGACGCGAUAUUAGCACGUAGAGAAGUACAUGAUCAGAAGAGUAAAUUGGUUUCGGAGAAUUUAGGGUUUGAGAAUAAUUAUGAGUUUAUGGAUGAGGAUUUGAUUUUUGAUAUGCCUAAUGUUCUUGUGAAUAUGGCUGAAGGGAUGUUACUUAGUCCGCCGCGGUUUAAUUUACCUGAUGAUGAUAUUGCUGCUGCUGCUGAAUAUACUGCAUACCAGAAUUUGUGGAAUUAUCCCUAA